AUGAUACGAAUCCCAAUCAUCAGGAUCAAAGAAGAAUCGCAAACCACGCAGAUUCGUCUUCACCACGCGAGGAGGCGUGGGUGGCUCGAGAUGCGCUGGCCCCGGGCGCCCGCCGCAGCCACGGCGGCGGCCGCCGCCGCGCUGUGGGGCGAGCCCGCCAGCGGCGCGUCCAUCUGGGGCGUGGGCAAGCCGCAGGGGCACGUGGAGGUCCGCGACGUCCUGCCCACGCCAGCCGAAUUCUUCACCGAGUACGUCCGCCCCAAGGAUGGGCCGUUCGCAGGCGUCGGGAAGCCAGUACUGUUCAGAGGCGCUGCGAAGAGGAUGCCCGCGUACGAGAAGUGGACAGACGAGUAUUUACGUGAGAAACACGGCAGCGUCCGAAUGGACCAAGUCGAGACGGAGAAAGCCGAGACACGCACAAAGUAUCCGCAUGAGGAUUGGACGUUGGAAAAGUUCAUAGACAACUACAAUACUUCAGAAAUAUAUUCGACUGCCCAGACACCAGAGGGCUUAUCGGAUGACGUGUACCUUCUCCCCUGUGUGAAUUGCGGCGGGUUUCAUAGUAAAAUGGCCACGACUGUCACCUGGUUCAGCAGUGGCAGCACCCGGUCCGUCAUCCAUAGCGAUGCCCAGCAGAAUUUGCAUUGCAUGUUUGAUGGGCGAAAGGAUUGGAUAUUGUGGUCUCCCACCAGCAAGAUCAAUUCUCCUCGGAUGGGGUGGGUUCACGCUGAGGAGGAGAGCAAGACCAAUCCUGCCUUCAAAGACGCGUAUGGACAGUAUGUCGGCCACAUCGAUGUCGACGACGUGGAUCUGAAGAAGUAUCCUGGUUGGGGAAAAUUGAGUUGGUGGAACCUCACGCUCCAGAAGGGUGAUUGCGCCUACAUACCGCCGAGGUGGUUUCAUUUCGUGGAGGCGCCGGCACAGCGGUCACUCAGCGUGCACGUGUGGUUUGAUGUCGGUAAGAGUUUCAAGUCCGAUGGUUGCGAGACCUUGCGCCAGCGCGGGCUCAAUCUUUCGGACUAUCUGAUCCGACUAAGCGACUGCCAGUGGGGCUUCGGAGAGAAAACAAGGAAGCCCACAAAGUGUAAAGUCAAGAAGCCGCUUUCCAAGUCAGACGAGCUAUGA